AAAUUUUGUGAAGAACUGUAAUAUCUAGUCAGGUAUUUCAGAGUUUCAAAACAUAUAAAUUAAAAUCCACACAAUCCACUGCAUAAUAACAAAAUUUAUGAAAGUAUAUAAAUUCAAGCAGCGUGAAAUUAUUAACAACAAUGAAGUUAUUAGUAAGCUUUUUAGUGGUUGUGUGUUGGCAGAGUUCUUCUAAGUGUGUUGCGAAGUUACUAGAAGCGGAUAAGUUUAGUCCUACUGAUAUACUGAAAGGUCUGUCACAUUUGGACACGCAUUUUCAGAAUUCGACCAAUAAGUUGCUGAAUACGCACUUCAAUACAGUUAAUGAUAAAGUUAAUUACGUGAAUGAACGCUUAACAGGAAUUGCAGCAAAUAAUUAUACGAAUCAAGAAAUUAUCCAAAAGUGUAUAACAAAAAAAAAACUAUCGGAAAUCCAGGCAAAUGAAAUUAAUUCACAGAUAAAACGAUGUGCUACAGUUAUACAAGCCCAAUAUGUAAAUGUUAUGUCAACAAGUUAUAAUGACGUUCAAGUAUUCGUAAGUUUUGCAACCGUGAUUUGGAAUAACAUAAAAAAAUGUGGAUUGAAUGAUAGUUGUAGGUGGCAAAUUGUUUUGGACACUAUUAACGAAACUGGACAGCUACCUUCGAAAGUAUUUUCUCUGGCAGCGAAAAUUCAAGCUCUUGUUUUGGAAACAAUUAUAGCCAUAAAUAGUUGUGCUAUUGAUGGAUUGAAGAAAGUUAAUGCUGCUACUUUGGACGCAACAGAACAAAUAUUCAACUGUAUUGCCAAAGAAACUUCAAACAACAGUUGUAGCUAUUUGACCUGAACUGAAAUUGUUUUCAAUUAUAGCUUAUAUUUUUAAUGUUUUGUGACGAGUAUCAAAUUUGUACCUUAAAAUUAAAAUAUUUUAUGAAG